GCGCACACUUCAAUCCUCGAGUAGUUCCUCGUUCAGCAAAAUGUCAAGAAUACAUUGACAUCGCACUAUUCAAAUACUAUGAAUGUCCCGAUAUCUGAAUCGUGAGUAAACUAUCCGAAUAGCGUUCGAAUAGUUGAAUAUUUAAAUAGUACCCGAAAUGUAUCAAAUAGCGUUCGAAUGGUCGAAUUUUCGGAAGGUAUUCGAAUAGUUGAUUACUCGAAAUGUAUUUAAAUAGUGUUUGAAUAGUGGAGUAUCCUGAAAAUACUUAAAUAGUAUUCGAGUGGUUGAGUAUUCGUGUACUCGAAUUGGAGAACACAUAAGAAAUUGGAGGUCGAGGUAUUUUGUUUUGCGGGACGAUGGUACACUGGUGGGCUUCAAAGCAAAACCUGAUCAACAAAUGGCAGCAGCCGCACAGCCUUUAAAUAAUUUUACGGUUCGAGGAUGUCAGAUUAUGCGUAUAGAUAAACCUAAGCCUCAUACCUUUAUGAUUAGAGGUUUACAAUGGGCAUCUGUAAUUGAAAGGACCUUUCACGUAGACACAGAACAAGAAAGACAGGAUUGGGUAGAAGCAAUUAGUUAUGUAGCUGGUAGGCUAGAGAGAGAGCAGCAGCAACAUCAGUCACAAAUGCAACAUUCAUCCUCCUCUGAAGAUGUUGAAAUGGAAUCUUCGGGAUGUGGUAGGUCAGAUUCGAGCGGAUCUGUCGGUGUAGUGUCUUCGGAUGGCGAUGGUGGCAGUAUAGAUGAACUUUCCGCGAAAUUUAGUGUUCAAGGAACUUCAAGUAGUAAAAGUACAGGGAAAAAGAAAGUAACCCUUGAAAAUUUUGAAUUUUUAAAAGUUUUGGGCAAGGGGACGUUUGGAAAGGUAAUUCUUUGUAGAGAAAAAGCAACAGGACACUUAUACGCUAUAAAGAUUUUACGAAAAGAAGUAAUUAUUCGUAAAGACGAAGUUGCGCACACACUUACCGAAAGUAGAGUAUUGCGUACUACUAAUCAUCCGUUCCUAAUUUCUUUAAAGUACAGUUUUCAAACAGCUGACAGACUAUGUUUUGUAAUGGAAUACGUGAAUGGUGGCGAGUUAUUCUUUCAUUUACGACGUUCCCGUAUAUUCGGCGAAGAUCGUACACGAUUUUAUGGGGCUGAAAUCAUUUCAGCGUUAGGAUACCUUCAUUCGCAGGGUAUCAUUUAUCGUGAUCUCAAAUUAGAAAAUCUUCUCUUAGACAAAGAUGGACAUAUUAAAAUUGCUGACUUUGGACUGUGCAAAGAAGACAUAACGUAUGGAAGAACGACAAAAACAUUCUGUGGCACUCCUGAGUAUCUAGCACCAGAAGUGCUCGAAGAUAAUGAUUACGGACGAGCUGUAGACUGGUGGGGAGUCGGCGUUGUUAUGUACGAAAUGAUCUGUGGCCGAUUACCUUUUUACAACAAGGACCAUGAGAAGCUUUUCACGCUUAUUGUAAUGGAAGAAGUCAAAUUUCCCAGAACGAUCAGUAAUGAGGCGAAAGAUAUGCUCGGUGGACUACUUAUAAAAGAUCCUAAUAAGCGAUUGGGAGGUGGACCCAAUGAUGCAAAAGAGAUUAUGGAUCAUGCAUUUUUCUCGUCCAUUGAUUGGUCCGAUCUUGUACAGAAAAAGAUUCCGCCUCCGUUCAAACCUCAAGUUACAUCCGAUACUGACACUCGAUAUUUUGAUAGCGAAUUUACAGGUGAAAGUGUCGAACUAACGCCGCCCGAUCAAGGUUUCUUGGGCAGUGGGGCUGGUCUGAAUUCGAUAGCCGAAGAGCAAGAACAUUUCCCCCAGUUCUCGUAUCAGGAAAGUCACUCGGCAGCAACCUCUUCUAUCGUUUCCAUUAAUCACUGACAGUAUCAAGGAUUUCCUUUCUUUAUAUAUUGAGAUGUGUGGCUAAAUGCAUGGAAAGGUUAAACAAAGACAUUCGAUUGUGACGAGUAUUCGUGGAUUGUCUGCCGAUUUGGAAGAAUCUUUUUUUUUAAGCAGAUCAAUCGGAAUAUCACAUUUUUCGCUAGUUUACGAUGCUUUUUCGUGCAUCUUCGGAAGGUUUUUAAACACAUAUCUCCAAUGGCAGAUCAGAUUUGUGUGUACGCGUGUGUGUAUUUUACACAUAUUCAUUGAAAUUGUACAUGAAAAAUUUGUGUACCAUAAGAUCCGAUUGAGCUAAUACUAUUUAUACCUGCUGAGUAGGUUUGCGACGUAUAUAACGGGGAUACAUUUUUGUCUUAAAAAAAAAAAAAAAACAAUAGUAAAACAAAAGUUAACUUAAGUUCAUCCCCUACGCUGUGUUACGUUGUAAAGAGUAGCACGUUUCUUCUACGCGGAGGAACGAUAUUUGAUAAUCAUAGCUACAGUCCUUUGUUCAACGAAAGUAACAAUACGACACUUUCUAGCUUCAUUGUUAACUUGAUUAUAAUAAUUUAUAAAAGGACAGUUCCUGGUUAUUUUUCUUAAAUUCAUUAGUCGACUGUUAGAGCAGAAGCCAAAAUAGCAAAUUUAUACUUGGCAAGGAGCCAGCCAACGGGCAAGUGGAUUGAUUAUCCAUUUUUAAUGUAGAAGCAUAGAAACUUUAACAGCUUUAAUUGCACUACCAUGUAAAUCUGAGAUACAGAGUUUUAGAAUCGAGAGAAAGCUUUUUUUUUAAUGUACUAGUGCUACCGAAAUAGGAAAUAGUUUUCCUUGAUAUGGUUCGCGCUAUUCACCAUGUAUCAUCGACAAAUAAUGAUUUACUGUGAGAAUCAGAUGGAAAUAUGAAAUGCUACCCUAAUAUUAUAUUAUUAAUAUUAUAUGCUACAAUGAUUAUAUAUACAUAUAUUUAUAUUUUAACAAUUAAAGGAUUAUAUUGUA